GAGAGAGAGAGAGAGAGAGAGAGAGAGAGACAAGAGGAGCACAAGACAGGCUUUAAAAAGCAGAUUAAAAAAGGAAACAUAUCUCAUUCUAGUGGAAAUCACACCCUCAAACGCAGUGUUUUGGACUAUGGCUUCCACCACCUCAGGUGACAUUCUGCCCACAGGCGGCAGGAUCUUCACCUCCAUUCCUGAUGUGUUCUUCAUCCCUGAGUUUGUCUUUGGAGGUUUGGUGUGGAUCCUGGUGGCGUCGACUCGUGUCUAUCCGGACAACCCUCUGGGCUGGGUGAUGUUCGUGUCCGUCUUCUGCUUCGUACUGACGACACUCUGGUUCUUCAUCUUCCUCUGUGGAGCCAAUCAGAGCAGCAUCUGGCCAACCUUGGACGUGGCUUAUCAUUUUGUGUCAGUGGUUUUCUACCUCAGUGCAUCGGUGGAUCUGGCGUACAUCACCAUUCUGAAAGGGUGGGGUGUGACGCUUGUGACCAAUAACUUCCUUACCACACUUCUCAGCGAUGAAAGUCUCAAAAUUUACCGACUGGACAUCGCUGCAGUGGUGAUGUCCUAUGUGGCCACUCUUCUCUACUUCCUGCACACCAUUUUCUCUGCCAUCCGAUGGAAGAGGUCCUAAUAAAACAUCAAAUCAAACCACAAACCAAGAACAAGAACACCAAAAAGAGAGGAAACCAAAAAAACCAGAUGACCUGUCACUGAACUGAAUGCAGGACGACCUUUUGUUUUUCUUUUUGUUCUUUUUAUUUUCACGUCAGGAAGAGUAACUUUCUUUUAACCAAAGUGCCAAACUUCAACAACACGAAUGAGUGGAAAACAGGAAGGCCUGUACAUUUUUACCCCCCAGUUUACUCCUUCUUAAUCAGAAAGGCAACAGUUUGGACAGAAUAGAUGCAAAGAACAUGAAUGAGGUUAAAAUGUGUUUGUCAGAAAUAGAUGGGUGUAGAUAACUAAUUAAACCAUGGAUCUAAUUAAAUAUUAGGAGCACUCAUUUUCUCGCUUACCAAUAGAAGAUGCUGAAGUUGUUUUCACUGGGACAAAUUAUGACAUAGAAAGUAGUAUCAAUCAAAGAGCACCAAAAAAUUGAAUUCACUUCUGUAGUAUUUGUCUGGGGGGGCAGCUAUCUCUCUAAACCACAGUGGAAAAGUAAGAAAUAACUGCGACUGACUGGCGACCAGUCCAGGGUGAACCCCGCCUCUCGCCCAUAGUCAGCUGGGAUAGGCUCCAGCUCGCCUGCGACCCUGAUGGAUAAGCGGUAUAGAAAAUGGAUGGAUGGAUGGAUGUUUUUUAGAAAUUUGGUUGAACCAGCUGUCUAACUGCACAUUAAAGGGCAGUGCAACUUGACAGCAUCUAAAAGCCAGUUUCAGCUUGUUCCCAACUUUAGCAUCUGACGGGGAGCAAAAUAAAAUGAUAAAAUUACCUCUUUGCUGUUAAACUAGAGAGCACACUCGAGACCGUUUAAAGACUUUACUGUGCAGGUAAAAUGAUCAGUGAUCCCCCCCAAAACUCAGUGUAUUUCUCAAAGGAUGUUUCACAAUCUUAAUUAAGCAUCAGUAAUGCGCCAGUAGUUUUGUUCCAGCCAGAACUAAACAUUUAGUAAAGAUUUUACUAAAAAGUAAACAGCAUGUUCAGCAGUGGAGCUCGGAGCAGCAUAGAAUAUUUAAUUGUUAAUUAAUCUCAGGAAGGCUUGUACAACAACAACAACAACAACAACAAAAAAAUAAAUAAAAAAUCUGGACUAGAGGGGGGAAAAAGAGACAUUUACUAUGUUCACUAGGAACAACAGAUAAAUGUGUAAAUAUAACUGUUCCUCUUCACACAACAACAGUCUUUUUAUUCAGUUUUAACACAGUGGUUUUACUGUUUUGUGACAGGCUCAGCUUCUUGAUGUAUGGUAGGACAUGAGUUACUUUUUGCAUUUUUAUGAUAAACUUUAAAAAGAGAAUGAGAUGUAAAUAUUUAGAUAAUUUCACUUUACAGGUGUUUUUGGAAUCUGUGAUAUGAAAUAAAUAAACUGGACAUUCAAAUGUU